AUGGAUAACAACAACGGCACGAAUCAAGGGCAAACACCGUCAACAAUCGACCAAAGAUCAGCUUCGACGGACACAUUCAUGGGCUCGCAAAGUUAUGGCUGGUACCGCUAUAAGCCUAAAUGCCUGCAGAGAUUUUGUACGGCUAAGUGGGCUUUGUUCUGGCUGUGCUGGGGCGGAGCUAUGCAGGGACUGAUAGUUAAUGGAUUCAUCAAUGUGGUAAUUACAACAAUCGAGAGGCGCUUUGGACUGCGUUCACGACAAACUGGUUUGGUGGCAAGCGGCUAUGACAUUGCCUCGUUUUUAUGCUUGGUUCCGGUGACGUAUUUUGGCGGACGCCUGGGAGCAUCCAAGCCACGCAUAAUCGCCUGGGGUAUUAUAUUGCUUGGCAUGGGAUCGCUAACCUUUGCUCUGCCUCAUUUCUUGGUUGGACCGUAUCGUGCUACCACACCAACAACCGGCACCUGUAAUGCGGGAAUGGAUGACAGUAAUAUCACCCUACAGGUAAGAUCGAUUCGAAAUUUUACCUGUGACAUUGUUAUCACCGACAUAACAUCAAAUCGCGAUUAUAUAGCCGACGAAACGGAUGGUGGUGAUAAUCUAUCGUGGACUGUGUGGCUGUUUUUUGCCGCCCAAUUGCUGCAUGGUGCCGGAGCCUCACCCCUUUUCACCCUGGGAGUUACCUACAUCGAUGAGAACGUUUCAAAGAAAAUGUCAUCCGUUUAUUUGGGAACCUACUACACAAUGACGAUGCUUGGACCAGCUGUGGGCUAUGUUUUGGGUGGACAACUGCUGUUGAUCUACACGGACUUUCUUCAAAUUGAUGUAUCUGAAUUAAGUUUGACCAGUGCCAGCAAGGUUUGGAUUGGAGCAUGGUGGAUUGGUUUCGUAUUUGCUGCAAUUGCCUGCUUCAUUCUGGCCAUACCAAUAUUCGGUUAUCCGACAUCGUUGCCGGGUUCAGAAAAACUACAGCAGGAGAAAAUAUCGGAGGCGUACAAUGCCAACAAGAAUGUGGAUCAACCCACAGCUUUUACAAAAUUCAAAGAAUUACCGAUGGCAUUGACGUCUCUCCUCAAAAAUCCGACUUUCGUAUUUCUGAAUUUGGCUGGUGCGUCGGAGGGAAUGAUUAUAGCAGGCUUUGCAGCGUUUCUGCCUAAGCAAAUUGAAAAUCAGUUCAGUAUCUCACCGGUGUGGUCUGCCUUACUGAUGGGUCUAAUAACAGUGCCCGCCGGUGGCGGUGGAACCUUUUUGGGUGGUUAUUUGGUCAAGAAAUUCAAUCUCAACUGUGCCGGAAUAAUAAGGUUGUGCCUGGUGGUGACCAUAAUCGCCACCGUCUUUACAAGUUGCUUUCUAUUAUCCUGUCCCAAUUUGAAAUUUGCCGGAGUCACGACUGGUUAUCGGAAAACAAGUAUUCUAAACGAAAGCCAAUUGACAAAAUUCACAAUUGAACUGGAAGCCGACUGUAAUGCCAACUGCUCGUGCAGCAAAUAUAUGUAUGAUCCCAUCUGUGGCCAAGACAAUGUCAUGUACUAUAACCCGUGUUAUGCCGGCUGCUCUAUAGAGAUAGCACACAAUGAGAGCAAAUCCUACAGAGACUGUGGAUGCAUUAAAUCGACAACGCCUGAAUUUGGAUUUGAAGCGACCAAUACCAUGUGUUCAUCCUCAUGUCAAUAUCUACCAUAUUUCGUGGCAUUGUGUUUCAUCCUGAUGUUGUUCACGUUCUUGGCGACAAUGCCAGCAUUAUCAGCAACAUUGAGGUGUGUUUAUGAUGACCAGCGUUCUUUUGCCUUGGGUAUUCAAUGGAUAAAGGUACGCUUAUUGGGCACCAUUCCAGCGCCAAUGAUAUUUGGCACACUUAUCGAUGAAACUUGCAUACUCUGGCAGGAGACAUGCGACGAACAGGCCGGAGCAUGUUUGGUAUACGAAAAUUCACAAAUGAGUCGAUACAUGUGGAUGUUGGCCUUGACUGGUAAAUUGUGUUCGGUGGUAUUUUUCUUUGCUGCCUGGUGGUUUUACAUUCCACCCAAACAAGUGCUGCCGCCAACCGACGACAGCACCAAUCCGAAGGACGACAUUAAUAGCACAUCCCCGAUUAGCACGGUCGAGAGUGUGAUGGUGGUGACAUCAACAAGUUAA